AUGGCUCAGACCCUUUUCACUCAGUCAGCCGGAGUGAAAGGAACGUUGAUGUGUGGUGACCGGCCGUUGGCAAACACGAAACUGAAGCUUUAUGAUGAUGACACCGGACCAGAUCUUGAUGAUCUCAUGGCUGAAGGUACAACCGACUCAAUGGGACAGUUUCUACUUUUCGGCCACACCUCGGAAAUUAUGACGAUCGAUCCAAAAUUGAACAUCUACCACGAUUGCGACGACUCAUUG